UCCAUACAGUACGGGACUAUGCCUCGAUUUGGGUCCAUGUUUCGCCGCCGGCCGCGCGAUAACAAUGAGUCCCCAGAACUUCCAACGCACAAUCGCCAUUGGAGGCGCGGGCGCGCUGGCCGCGAUCGCGUCCAGGUCGAGUCAUAUACUAUGAAGAAACGCCCACCUUUCCUUGAAUGGCUCAAGAUAUCAGCGCUUGAUAUUGUCACUCUCAUAGUUAUGGCUGUUCUUUCUUACGUUUUCUUCUCUCGCGAGGCAGUCGGCCACAGGACUUUCCCAGUUACAUUCACUCAAUCAACCACCAGCUCCCCGAGCAUCUCCACACGAGGAUCUGGCGACAUUGUGUAUCCCCAAUUCGCACACCCCUAUCGCCCUCAAAUCAUCUCGUCGGAACAAGCCGGCGUCAUGGCUAUCGCCACCCCCAUAAUUGUCUUUUUGCUGGCCCAGAUCCGCAUUCGAUCUUUCUGGGAUCUCAACAAUAGCAUUUUCGGUCUCCUCUAUGCUGUCGUCGGAGGGACGCUGUUUCAAGUCAUCAUAAAAUGGCUGAUAGGUGGUCUUCGCCCCAAUUUUCUCGAUGUUUGCAAGCCCGACAUAUCGAGAGCCAGCAGGCCUGGUGGGAACUCGACUGGUCUAGAGGGGACAGGCUUCGGCGGCAUCAUGUAUACCUUUGAGAUUUGCUCCGCUCUGGACGACCAGGAGAAGCGGAGAGGUGUAUUCAACGCGCUGCAAUCCUUCCCAUCGGGCCAUACCACGACCUCGUUUGCCGGUUUUAUAUUCCUUUAUCUUUAUCUGAACGCCAAGCUCAAGGUCUUUUCCAACUACCACCCUUCGUUUUGGAAACUGGCCUUAACGUACGCGCCUGUUCUGUGCGCGACUCUCAUCGCUGGCUCCCUCACCGUCGACCAAAGUCACAACUGGCGCCAACGCUCCUGCGGAACGAGGGUGGCCGGGGCGGCGAUGGUGCUGGGGGCUUUCCUGGCGGCUCUGGUGGACCUGUUGGCGGCGAUGGUGCUGGGGGCUUUCCUGGUGGGUCCGUUGGCGGCGAUGGUGCUGGCGGCUCUGUUGGACCUGUUGGCGGCGAUGGUGCUGGCGGCUUUCCUGGUGGGUCCGUUGGCGGCGAUGGUGCUGGCGGCUUUCCUGGCGGCUCCGUUGGCGGCGAUGGUGAUAUGUAUGUUAAAGAGCGAACAAAUUUUGGUGGCGGUGGAGCCCAUGGGAAUUGUGGGGGCGGUGGUGGAUAUCAUGGCGGCGGCGGCGGUGGUCCUCCUGGUGGUGGAGGAGGCCCUCCUGGGAAUCCUGGAGGUGGAGGAGGCCCCCCUGGGAAUCCUGGAGGAGGUGGUCCUCCCGGUGGAGGUGGAGGAGGCCCUCCGGGGAAUCCUGGCGGCGGUUGCCGGCGAUCUACCUCCCCUGAUAACUCUGGUGGUGGAGGCCCUAUGGGUCCAGGAGCCGGCCCCGGGGGCCCUCCCGGAGGAGGUGGUGGUGCAGGUCCUCCCGGGGGUGGUGGUGGUGCAGGUCCGCCCGGAGGUGGUGGUGCAGGUCCUCCCGGGGGCGGUGGUGGAGGUCCUCCCGGCGGCGGCCUCGGUGGGGGUAGCUGCCGGCGAGCUACUUCCCCUGAUAUGUCUGUUAAAAAUUGAACAAGCUCUGGUGGUGGAGGCCCUAUGGGUCCAGGAGCUGGCCCCGGAGGCCCUCCCGGAGCAGGUGGUGCAGGUCCUCCCGGGGGUGGUGGUGCAGGUCCUCCCGGCGGCCUCGGUGGGGGUAGCUGCCGGCGAGCUACUUCCCCUGAUAUGUCUGUUGAAAAGCGAACAAGCUCUGGUGGUGGAGGCCCUAUGGGUCCAGGAGCUGGCCCCGGGGGCCCUCCCGGAGCAGGUGGUGCAGGUCCUCCCGGGGGUGGUGGUGCAGGUCCUCCCGGCGGCCUCGGUGCGGGUGGCUGCCGGCGAGCUAUCUUCCCUGAUGCGUGCAUCGAAAAGGGAACUUGCUAUCAACUAUGCUGCUGCACACCAGGACUGGGGCGGCGACGGAUCUCACUACCAGGCCCAAAAGGACCCAGUAGAGGCCGAGUGA